UACACCGCAGCCCGGAAGAAGGAAGCGGAGGGAGAAAAGAGCGCCUGGAAUCAAAAGUUGGAGACGUUACCUGGAGUGUCCUCCUCCUCGUCACCGGCACCAUGAGUUGCCUAAAUGGUCAACGCGGCACCAUCCAGGAGCAGAGGGACCGCUGGGAGAGAAAACGCAGCCGAACAGCCAAAGAGUUGGUGAAGACGGAACAAUUUUACUGCGAACAGUUGAAGCUGGUCACCACUUACUUUGUGGAGAUCCUGAAGGCCAAAGGAACCCUGAGGCAGGACAUUAGAGAAAACAUCUUCAGUUCAAUUAAAGCAAUUCAUUCCAUAAACCAAUCACUUCUGGUCCAUUUGGAGAACGGCUACUUUGGCCGAGGUUUCGACCAGUUCUGUCCACACCUGCAACACUACAGCACGUAUGUGGACAACAUCUAUAAUGCCAGCAAAGUGCUCGGGAUCCAGCUGAAGAAAAACAAGGCUUUCAGACGUUUCAAGAAACUACAGGAAUCACGACCAGAGUUCAACGACCACAAGUUGGAGGAUUUACUGCAACUUCCCGUUCAGCGGAUUGAUCAGUAUAUGCAUUUCUUACAAGACCUGACCGCCAACACCUGUCCAGACAAUCCAGAGUUUGAGCAGCUUUCAAGGGCGGUGACCGCAGUAAGCGAUGUGUCCCAGCGCAUCCAGAACAAUACCAGGCGCCAUGAGAACCACCUGCAGCUUUGCCGUGUGCAGAAACUGCUGAAAGGACGGAGUACAAAGGUGCUGGCUGCAGGGAGGUGGUACAUCCGUGAGGGCUGGCUGAAAAUGGUUCCUCCUAAAGGAAAAGAGGCUAAGCCCAAGAUGUUCUUCCUGUUCUCCGACAUGCUGCUGCAGGCCAAGCGCUGCAGUCCCCUGCAUCCCACCAAUGGAGACAAGUUCACCGGCCAGCACAUGUUCCCCCUGCAGGACUGCACUGUGGAGAAGGUGUUCGGACACACCAAGAGCAAAGGAGGCCUGCUCAGCCUAACCUUCCCCAAAGCCAAACUCCUGCUGAUGUCCAGCAACCAGGAGGAUCUGAAUGACUGGUACCAAAGUCUGAACUCAGCAAUCAGGAAGCUGCAGUCUAAAGAGACAGUGGUGCAUCAAAGAGCUGAGCCGCGCCAGAGAGCCCUUCACUCCGCCGCUGACAGCCACAACACUCCCAGCAGCAGCAGCAGCAGCAACCCUGGCAGGAAGAGAAACAUGGAGACGAGCGAGGACGCCCAACGCGCUCACAUGCCUCCAGUUCAGUGGGAGGGCAGCGCCCCCAAGAGGAUGAAGCAGUCCGAUGCUCCAGAGCAGAGCGGUGCGGAGGCGUCCACUUCUGGCUGCGUGAUCCUCUAAUGGACCGACUGUUCUUCAGCCUCUCAGCUUGAGAUGACGGAGCCUCCUGGACAGCUCAGUCUGAGAGUUUUGUUUCAGCCUGAUGUCUAUGUACCGUUCUGCAACACGAGGCUCAUGCUACUGUUUGUCUGAGCUGCUCGCAGCCUCUUUGAUUAUUUCUGUUCUAACACGAGGUCGGGAGAAGUCUGGUUUGUCACUAACAGCAGCUUCAGCCUCCGCUCAUCCUGUGCAAUAUAAAGUAUCGUCGAUGUGCUGCUUUAAAACCAAAUAUCGGAUGAAAGUUUGAUUUAAUGUUUCUGCUGCUGGUCCCCAGCAAAGAUUCAUCUACUCACAAUGUUUUAUUAGAAACUGUGAUACAACACUUCUGUCCUUAUUCACAGUCUGUGCCUAAAUGUUACACUUCCACUCAUAUUUUUAUUUCAGUCAGCAUUUUAUAUUCUAUUUACUGACGGACAGACACAAGAAAAAGGAAAAUACAAAUGGCAGAGAUCUGGAUAUCUGCAGGGGAAAGUCACUUUCUUAUAAGUGGACCCUCACUUCUUUGUAAGAGUGGUUCUGAUCUUCACCUGCGUUCACUUUUCACUGACUCCAAACAUGAAGAUGCCACUGUGCUGCUUUACCAGCAAUGAAGCAGCCAUGUGGAAUUCUCUGUAAUCCAAAGGCAAUUGUUACAUGUAAGUAGUGAUUAUGUUUGGAAAUACAAAAAUGGACAUACACACUGAGAAAUGACAUAAUAUCAAACAUUAUGAAACGAUUAAUCAUGUAAAUAGAGAGUGAAAUAUUAAAUCUAUGAACCAAACAUUUAAAUAAAUAAAAUACACACAGACAUUUUAAUAUUGAAAUUCAUCAUAGAAAAAUAGUUUCUUUUCCAAUGCCCCUUUUUCUAAAGACAAACACACACACACUCAUUUAUCUUUCUAUAGUUGUGAGGACACUCAUUGACAGAAUCCAUUCCCUCACUGUCACGUAACCAUCACUGCAAAAUGCUAAACAUUAAAACUGAUCCACAUCUUAAAUCAAACCUAAUUCUGACUCUGACAUGAAAUCUUUAAAAGUCCUUUGAAUUUUAGGGGGGUCGUCCAAAACGUCCUCAUCACAACAAAGUGUUUGCCCAAUGAUGUGUCCUCACAACCAUGAAGACAUGAAGUCACACACACACACACACCUUCAACCCAUAAGAGAAAAAUCCUGUUUUUAAAUAACGAUGUCUAUAAUGAAACUAAAUUCCAAUGUAACAAUGAUAUUCGGUUUCAUUACGCAGUUUAAUUAUUUAGCAAUUUAUUGGUUCAUUGAUGCAUUUUACUUUAUUUUAUUAUCUGAUUAUUUGUUUCAUAAUGUUUCAUUUAUUUAGUAACGGUCAAAAUGACGAGGUGUUCCCUUAUUAUGACAAAGUAUUUAUUUUUAUUCAUCUUAUGCAUGCCAUCAUUUUAUCUCACACGAAUAUAUGAAUUAUCACGUUAUUGAUCGCAGCCACAGGACCAGUCCUGCUCAGACAUUUUUAUAGAAUGCAUGAUUUGAUUGAUUGAUUGAUUUGCUGCCAAAUAUACAGCAGGUAUUCGUAGCUUUAACAUGGACGACAUAAUGAUACAGUGACGUCUGUCUUUUCAUACUUGAUGUUAAAUGAGUGCAUUUAAUCAUCUGCAUUGCAUUUUACAAAUGACAUCCUAAAUCCAUUUCUGGGGAUUUCAAUGAAAUGUGAACAACCAGGUGUCUGGUCUGGUUGUUCAGACAGAUGUUCACUCUGCUGAUUAUCUUAAUACCUUUUUUAUUUUUACAUCAUAACCAUAAUGUCCUUUUUUUAUCAUAUCUUAUCAGCCAAUCAACUAAUAUAUUCUUCUUUUCACUAAGGUAGAUUUGACUAACUCUGUUUUUGUAUUUAAAAGUUGUGUGGGUAUUUGACAGUUUAUUUUUAUUAUCUUAUUCUACUAUUUUUUAAGAUUCUGUGUAAAGCUGCUUACAAAUCAUACAUGGGAUUAAUGGCAACUUUGCAAUAAAAUUCUUC